AUGCCAUAUCUCACCCACAAUGAAAUUCUAUCUAUUUUCGGAGAAUUAGGAAAGGUCCCCCGCGGCUACGAAUCAUUCUUCAACCACGUCGACGACAAUGUCCACUGGGAAAUCACAGGACAAAGCGCUUUAUCGGGAGUAUGGAGAUCGAAGUCACAAUUCCUUGAUAAUGUAUGGCUGCCUAUUGUCAGGCUGAUAUCAGACCCGGGUCCUAUAUUUGAGAUAGCCUCCCCUGAGAGCAUAACGAGUAACAAGGAAGGGUGGCUUUCUAUUGAGUUGAAGACCAAAAACACCCGAACGAAACUGGGCAAUCGCAUUUACAGACAGCAUUAUUGCUGGCACUGCAAAUUCAAUGCGACAAGGAAGAUAAUUCAAGUGAGAUCAUUCUUCGAUACAAGCCUGGCAGAGGCUAUACUUCUGGAUGAGAAAUACCGACAAGAGGCACUGGCAAUCUUGCCAAGCGACGGCAAGCAUACUGCACUGGAAAGGCCAAAAAUGGGUCCGGCCUAUCCCUUAAUACCCUUCGAUCCCGCCUAUAAGCGAUUUUUGAAUGAAUUCUAUCUCCUGAUGGAUGCACCGAAUGAGCACGAGAGAUAUAUACAAUGCUUUACGCCCGAUGCUACGGUAUUAAUGAGGGGAAAGGAAGUUCAUGGUAGAGAAGGAAUAUUAACCCUAAGGAAGGCCCUUUGGAAUCCAACCAAGCAAUGCACGCAUCGCCUUAAGCAGGUUUUCCCGUACGGCCCUAAUUCUAAUGUUGCUAUGGUGCAUGGGACGCAUGACUGCGUAUUCAAAGAUGGGUCUGUCAAGACAGGUGACUGGGCUGCAAGAUGUCACUUUGUCAUGCGAGAUCGAGUAUAUCUAUCUAGAUAUCAGAUAUAUAUGGCUGGUGAUACAGCUCGGAAACCCAAAGCGAAUUUUUAG